CAGAAAGAUAAAUACUGCAUGUUUUCACUUAUACUUGGAAGUUCAAAAAGUUGUUUUUAUAGAAGUAGAGAGUAGAUUAAUGGUUACUAGGGACUGGAAAGGGUAGAUGGGAUGGGAUAGAGAGUGGUUGGUUCAUGAAUAUAAAAUUAACAGAUAGAAGGAAAAAGUUCUGUUGUGUGUGUUUUUUGUUUGUUUGUUUGUUUGUUUUAGCACUAGGGUGAAUAAAACUAACAACAAUUUAUUGUGUAUUUUCAAAUAGGUAGAAGAGAGGAUAUUGAACAUUGGCAACACUAAGAGUUGAUAAACGUUUGAGGUGAUGGAUAUGCUAAUUACCCUGAUUUGAUCAUUACACAUAGUAUAUAUGUAUUGAAAUAGCACACUGCACCCCAUAAAUAUGUACAAUUAUUGUGCAUCAAUUAAAAACUCUGAUAAGUAUAAAGGACUAAUUUUUCAGGAGACAUACUUAACGAGGUUGGAAUAAGAUUUACACAGUAUAAAAUUUAAGAAUGCCUAAUUCUUGCACAGUAUUUAUUAUGAAGAAAAUUAAAUAAAAAUAAGCUUGCUUCACAUACAAUUCAGUUGAAAACACAUACAUUCAGUUGUAAUAGUCAUUACAUUAUUUACAUUACAUAGUCAUUUAAUUAACGUUAUUAACAUUGGACAUCCAUUUCUAAUGAGUAAAUAUUAAGUAAUUGACACAUUAAAAAAUAAGUAAUCAGUCCAGCAUCUUAAAUAUGUAGUUGAAAUGGACUCAACUGUAUUCUUUUGGUUUACAGAUUCUUUUCAUUUUGGGAAAAGAACCAAAACUUUCUUUUGAUUUUCAAAAAAUGCUAACAUAAUUAUAAUAAGGCAGUUAUAAUGAAGUAUUGGAGGUCUUAUCAAUUAUAUUUUUUUCACAGAUAAAUUUAGUAUUUUCAGUUGGAUUUGGAUAAUAAACAUAAAACAUCUUUAGAUAUAUGUUUCAAAGUAUCUGUAAGCUGAUAUGCCUCCAUUCUGUUCUCAUUUCAUGAUUUUUUUUAACAUUAAUUUACUCUUUCAAAAGGUAUUUAUUGAGUUAUAUGCCACGCAUUGUACCAACUUUUGGAGAUGCAGUGAUGAGCAAAGACGAUGCAGUCACAGAUAAUUAUUUAGGCUCUAGAGUGAUAUAUGUUAUAAGGAAUAAAUAAACGGGACUGUGAUUGUAUUUUACAGUUCUUAAAAUGACAGUAAAAUAACUGACUUAAGCUACUACCAACAAACACAAAUAUCUAUCUAACUUAAACCAAACUUUUGGAAAGCUUUUCUCUGCUAGCAUGGUAUUGAAUGUAUUUCCUGUUAUAUGCUUCAUGCUUCUACAACAUACAAAAUGAAAAUGUUUCAUUAGAUUGUGGUCAAGUUAGUCUCAUGGGAAAAUUUGCCUCAGUUUAUUGUUUUGAAUGUAAGGUGCCUUUAUAGUUAGUUAUAAAUAUAAGAGCAAGAUGAACUGUAUUAAAAAUUAUGUUGAUGUACUAUUAGCUUUUCUGAGGAGAAGGGAGAUUAUAGGCCCCAAAUAACUUAUUGCUCGUUUUUCCUUAUCAUGGUUUUGGAAGGAAAAGACUUUGCUUUUUCAUGUGACAUUAGUAAUAUUGUAGGACUUAGAAAACUGAACUCAAGAUGAGAUGCUGCUUAUGCACUGGUUAACUUUAGGAAUUGUUCGAAAAGACAUAUUAGAGCUAUUCCACAGCGAGGAAAGAAUCAGUGAGUAAAUAAACCGGGAAAGAGACUGGUGACUAGCUAAAUGUAGAGGUUUUCAGUGUUUGUCUUGUGAUUGUUCUGUAUUUAUCAAGCCUUAUUGAUUUUUUGCAAUGUGAGGUGAACUCCUCCAUGCUGCAGAAUUUUGUUUUCCCAUUGGCAGGAUGCUCUGCUGCCUCUUGAUCUCCAGUUCUCUUUGAUUGACAUCCUGUAGUUAGUUUCUUGCUGGUUUACUUUGAUGAUUCUACCUACUUCAUUCUUAGAUUCUCUGGUUAUGAUCUUAUAAACAGUGCCACUCAUGACUAAAACGAAUGUAUUCUGGACAAAAUAGGCUCUAUUUUCUUUCUGAACUGCUAAUAAUUUUCAAGCAUAAAAAAUUUCAAUCAUAACCCCGAAAGUCUAUAGCUACCUACUGUAGCUUUCAAAGAAUCUCUAUUAUACACCAUAGGCAACUCAGUGUUUUCUUCUAACACUAAAUUUCAAGCAAUUGAAAUUUCCUCCACUAGCUGAAAACUAAUACAAGUAUUUCAAGUUUUUCAUCACUUUUUCUGGCAUCAAAUCUUGGAUGCAUCAAAUCAUAGAAAGCCCUUUGGCAGUAAGAGCUGCUUCCACCUGUGAAAUCUUUAUUCUGAUUUCUUAAGAGGAAGAUUGAUUUAAUUAUCAAUGUUGACUAAGUAAAUGGUGAAGCUUUUGUUUUUGGUUUGGUCAUGGUGUGCACAAUGUCUGAUCCUGUACCCUUGAAAGUGCUCUUGUUUGUCAAGACAGCACUGGAGAAGGAGAUUAAGUGGAAACCAUUUGGCUGCUGUUUUUGGAAAGAUAGCAAGGCAUGACAUGCUUAUGUGAAUACAGAGCAAUAGAACACAAACUGCCUUUUAGAAAUUUUAUUGUGAAGUUUAUAUUUCAUUUUAUUAUCUGAUUUUAAGAAUUGAAAAGUAAAUAGCCCAACUAACAGUCUUGAUUUUAAUAUAUAAUAAAUAGUUUAGUUACCAUACAAUUGAAGGGUGGUGUUCAACAUAAUCAUGAAAUAUAUUUUCUCUUUUAUGGUGGCAUGAACGUGAAAACUUAAUUAUUUUCCCCAAUAAAUUAGCAAUUUAAAGCUCUUUGCCUUUCUAAAAUGUCACUGCAUUGCAAAAUAUUGCACAGAUGACAGAGAUAGCUUGACCAUGACAUAUUAAAUGCUAAACGUUAGGUGCAGCAUGUAAAAUACAUUCUGCUUUGUAAAAUUAUUUGUUAGAGAGUUGCUGUCAUUAUUUAUGUCAAUCAUUCAUUCAUCUCUUCCGUCCCAGGCUUCUUUUUAUCUAGUCAUUUUCAAGAAACGCUGAUACCUGCUUCUGAUCUCUAAUUAUUUAAAUUAGAAUCUCUGAGCCUGAAAAGGUGCUGGGCCAAGGUCUAAGAAAAGAAGUCCUAAGGCAGGAAUGACUGUGGCUUGUUUGAGGCACAGCAGGAAGAUUUGUAGAAGAUUUUUGUGAAUGGAGUGGGUGAGGCAGGGGGGCUGGAGAGAAGAGAGAGGGAGAGACAGAGAGAGAUAGAAACAAGGGUCAGCUUAUGUGAGAUCUAUAGGUCUGUAAGUGUUGUCGGAAACUAUGAAAUGAUUUUUAUGCCUGGAAAUGAUGUGAUAUUAUUUGCAUAAAAAGAUCAUUGUGACUUUAACAUCAUUACAGAAAAAAUAUGGAGGACAUCCCUGGAAAUUGCACAUUUGAUGUUUGUUGUGAUUUGUCAGGUGUUCACACCUAAACCAAAUUGAGGUAAUUCUGUUUGGCAGAUUAAUUGUAUGAGAAGAAAAAUGUGUUGGGGAAAAGUUGAAACUUAUCUAUUCAUCUUUUAAUGACCUGGUUUAGAAAGCAACUUAAUGCUUACCAUGCCUUUAAUAUAUAUGGUGAUAAUUAUCCUGUUCUAAUGGAGAGAAAGCACAUUUCUUUUGAUAAAUAUAUGUCAUUUAUAUCAAUACAUUUUUUCUUAAUUCAAAGGGAUUUUGAACAAAAUCUAGUUUCCAUCAUGAUUGCCUGCUUUUCCAAAUUUAAUUCUAUUUCCUUAUUGACAAAAUGUUUUUUGUAAGUACUGAGAUUUAUUGUUGCUCAGUUUUAAAAAGUAAAAAAUUAUUUCAUGACAUCUUUAUAAACUUGAUUUAAUGUGCUAAUGACUACUUGCAUGUCAUAUACUUCUGCAUUUCAGUCAAGAUUUUCAUUGUAGCAAUUGACCCAUUUUCUGGAAAUAAAAUUGUUAAUAGUAAAACUAUGUCUAGCUCAUCAUUUUUCUGAGCACAUUACAAACAAAACUCUGGAAAUAUUCCGUGUGAAAAUGUUUCCUUGUGAGACAAAAUAAGAAAUUAUUUGGAUCUUCAAAAUAAACAUUAAUGUAUUAAAAAUAUGAGAAAUACCAUUGUAACAUUUUUUAAAUAUGUUUAGUCUUUUUGAGUGUGUGUGUAAAACACCUCAAACGUUUCAUAGAACUAGUGUUUCUCAGAACUCAUUUUUGGAAAUGUUUUUCUACAUAUAUAACUGACUUUUAUUUCUGCAGGUGAUAUUAUUGAUGAUGCCUUACUCACCUGCACAUGUUUAUAAACAAAACAAAACAGUGGAAAACUUAUGAUUCUUUUUGACACUGAACAGAUGUGAAAUUUAUUCCCUUAUUAGUGCCUGCAGGACGUACAGGUAAACCUGUUAAAGGUCUGUUGCUUGUUUUUCUAAAGUCUUAAAUUUAAAUUUACAGGUAACCCCAGGCUUUUUCACAAAGGAAUAACUAGAGUCCUCUUAGCCAUAUGCCAAGAUAUUACAUGUUUGUGUUUCUUUAACAAGCCUCUGGACAUUAUGGGUAUAGAUUCUUUCCAUUUUUUCACCUAUUAUCUGACUUAGAAGGCUGAUGGAUCAUACUGGCCAAGAGAGUAAAACAUUAUUUGAUACUUUGAAUGCACACAAUAUCUUUUCCCACCAAUUGUGUAACAACUGAAACACUUGAAGAUCUACCACAUCUUACUUCCAACCAGUGAAGGAGAACAGAAUAUGGAAAAGGAAAAAGAUGCUUAAUAGGAGGUAUGCUCUAAUAUUUUAAAAAAGAAAAAAUAUGAAUCGUAAAGAAAGGUAGAUGAAGUAGAUAAGUGACUGGAAAGACGUCCUGUAGUUAAUUUCCUAGGAGUUUUGGAAAUAUUAAAGUUUGAAAAAUUACUACUUUCUCAAUCUUUAUUAUCUUUUAAAUUAACAUCAUUGCCUGCUUUUUCUUCUAGAAAACACUGUGUUUUUCAAGUGUAUCUGUAAGAAUUUAAAGUCAUAACAUCUAACUGCCUUUGGUAACUUCGAGGGUUCAUUUUUACACCUUUGAAUAAUUACAGUAUGUCUCUGUGUGUAAUGUUUUUAGUCUAUAGAUGGUUACUUGGUGUGUGUAUUUGUAGAUGUUAUGCAAUAAUUCUUGUAGCCGUUAGAGUCCAAUGGAUUGGAACUAUCAAAAGCAAUGGCUGUGCAUCAAGGAAUAAUUGACUAGAGUUUAGUUUAGGUGUUUGCAGGAACCUAAUUAUGGAGGAGUGUAAAAUUUAUCUUGAAAAUUCCAAAGAAGCAUUGAAGGAUGGUAGAUAGGUAGAUGGCAGAAUCAAGAUUUGCAGUUAUGAGCUAUCAAUGCCAGAGAACAGAGCAAGGACUGGGGAAAACAGUGUAGGAAUGAAUGAAGAGUUAGUCCAAUUUUCAAGGCAAAGGGUUAUUAGUCUCUGACACUAAUGGAACGAAGAAGAAGAUAUAUAUUAUAAUGCUCUUUUGAAAGCAAAAUAUUAAGUCGGAGCAAUAGUAAUUGUGGUUUUUGCUAUUGUAGGUAAGAUUUGAUGACAGGAUGUAGAGAGUUGAGUGAAAGGGAGAAAUACUGUACAACUUGAAGAACUGACAUUUGCAAGUUAUUUAUGAUUCCAUUUGAUAUACAUAGGAGAGAAAGUGAUAGAAGAAUUCUGAUGGCAACUGUAUGAUAGAAGCUAUAUAAAGUCAAGUGUCCAUUUUCUUUCAACUAUAUUUGAGCAUACCCAGGAUAUAAGGCGUGGAACUGAACAUUUAUUUGGCUGAUCCUCAUCAUGAACCGUGCUUUUAGCAGGAAGAAAGACAAAACAUGGAUGCAUACACCUGAAGCUUUAUCUAAACAUUUCAUUCCCUAUAAUGCAAAGUUUCUUGGCAGUACAGAAGUGGAACAGCCAAAAGGAACAGAAGUUGUGAGAGAUGCUGUAAGGAAAUUAAAGUUUGCAAGACAUAUCAAGAAAUCUGAAGGCCAGAAAAUUCCUAAAGUGGAGUUGCAAAUAUCAAUUUAUGGAGUAAAAAUUCUAGAACCCAAAACAAAGGAAGUUCAACACAAUUGCCAGCUUCAUAGAAUAUCUUUUUGUGCAGAUGAUAAAACUGACAAGAGGAUAUUCACUUUCAUAUGCAAAGAUUCUGAGUCAAAUAAACAUUUGUGCUAUGUAUUUGACAGCGAAAAGUGUGCUGAAGAGAUCACUUUAACAAUUGGCCAAGCAUUUGACCUGGCAUACAGGAAAUUUCUAGAAUCAGGAGGAAAAGAUGUUGAAACAAGAAAACAGAUCGCAGGGUUACAAAAAAGAAUCCAAGACUUAGAAACAGAAAAUAUGGAACUUAAAAAUAAAGUACAAGAUUUGGAAAACCAACUAAGAAUAACUCAAGUAUCAACAUCUCCACUGCUGCACGAUAUGUCUGAUCAUGAGCAACACGGGUUUCAGAGAUGCUCAUCCUCUUUCUGGCGUAGUAGUGGUGAUUCAUCUCCCUGUCUCAAUAUUUCUUCCAUGUCUGUCACUCCUGUCAACUCACCUGAUUCCAGACUAUCACUGGGACUAUUAAUACCACCACCUUCUAAAUGUGGCUUUCCCAAGCCAGUCAGUGAGAGCAGCAUCCCAAGACCGCAUGCAGGCAGUAUGACACCUCAGUCGCCCUCCACUGACAUCUUUGAUAUGAUUCCAUUUUCUCCAAUAUCACACCAGUCUUCAAUGCCUACUCGCAAUGGCACACAGCCACCUCCAGUACCUAGUAGAUCUACUGAGAUUAAACGGGACCUGUUUGGAGCAGAACCUUUUGACCCAUUUAACUGUGGAGCAGCAGAUUUCCCUCCAGAUAUUCAAUCAAAAUUAGAUGAGAUGCAGGAGGGGUUCAAAAUGGGACUAACUCUUGAAGGCACAGUAUUUUGUCUCGACCCAUUAGACAGUAGGUGCUGACAUCAAGAACAAGAAAUCCUGAUUCAUGUUAAAUGUGUUUCUAUACACAUGUCAUUUAUUAUUACUUUAAGAUAGGUAUUAUUCAUGUGCCAAUAUGUUUUUGAAUAUUUUAAUAUUUUGAAAAUUUUUUCAGUUAAAUUUCCUCACCUUCACUAUUGAUCUAUAAUUUUUAUUUUAAAAACAACUUACUAUAAAGUAGAUCAUACUUUUAUGUUCCUUUCUAUUUCUACUGUAUAUGAAUUUGUAAUUGAAAGACAUAUUAUACAAAUACCUGCCUUGUGUCUGAGUUCUAUUUAGUUAGCAUCUUGAAACUUGUAUUCAUUUUCCAGAUUGCUGGUUUAUUAAUGAUUUCCCAAAAGCCAUACCUUAAAGAUAACUUUUAAAUUCUGAAGAGAUAUGCCAAUGCCAAACUAAACAUGGUCUGUUUUCAAACCAACAAACAUGUUACUAUUCAUUAGACAGAUGUCAUUUUAUGUAUAAAUACUGUUCACAUCACUGGGAAAAUGUAAACUUUAAACAUAAUGCCACAAGGUCAGUAAUUUCUAGCAGGUAAAAUUAUAAGGAUAUAAAUUCCAAUAAUAAACCAAAUGUAUUUAGAGUAUUUAUUAGUAAAUGCAAGGUGAUGUUAGUUAUGAUCAGUUAUACUCUAAAUAUUUAAUUUGUUUUACAAAGAUAAUGAAAAAAUGAAAAUUUGCUAUUUAUUAAAAAAACUUUAAAUUUCAUUCCAAAUGAGAUAAGUUAUAUUACUAUAACAUCUAAGCAUCAUCUGAUUUGAUAUUUCCUAAAAAACAUUUGGAAUAUAUGCUAUCUAUAGAUUCAGUGUCUAUUAUCCAUAUUUACUUUACCAAAUAUAUUUCUUCUCACUACAUAAGGACUACUCUUCUCAUAUUUUCUUCUUUGAUGAAGAUAUUUUUCACCAAAGUUUAUUUUGUGAUGCCCCAUUGGUUUUGAUACUUUAAAAUCUGUGACACCCAUUCUAUAUGAAUUAUCAAUAUUAUUUGGUAAAUUCAAUUUGUAUUUGUUUUGUUAAAGUCAAAAAUCUCAUUUUAAAAAAACCCUCGUUACUGCUCAGUUUAGUCUUGAACAUGAGCAAUAAAAUUCUCCUGCAUUUCAUUCUUGAUGUGCUGAUGAACUUAGACUUUUAAAAAUAUUUGUUUUCUAUACCUUUACCCAUUACAUAACAGACUAAUUUGUACUCAGUAAAGCAAAAAUUUAUGAUCAAAAUUUCUAACUUGGUUCAUCACAUUAUAAGAUAAAUAAAUUAAAUUAAUGAAAAUGUGACUUAAAUUAGGGGUAACCCUCAAAAAUAGAUUUAUCAUUUACUCACGGGAAUUUUCUUCAAGUGUUAAAGGUACAUUUUCACUAGGAAAAGAAAUCAAAUAUGCUUAUGCAAUAUAUAUUUGUCUGUUUUUCCUUAAUGUUAUAUGGUAUAUAUGAGCCUUCUUGUUUAGUUUCUUUUAUCUGCUAAGUUGUACCUUAAUUAGAGGACAAUAUAUGUUUCAUAAGGAAGAGUCUUUAUAAUUUUGUUUGUCAGAUAGUAUUUUGGAAUUUGUAUAAUGAGGAUGUUUAGAAGCCAUAUAAGUGGCUUUUUUUAACAGAUAGAAUUUGUAUUUUUAUUGUACUUUAAAAAGAUUUAUGUAAUAGGUAUAUAUUUAGUGGCCAUUUAUUAUCAAUGGUAACACAAUAGAGUACUGAGAUGGUAUUUGCACAUUUAAGAUCUGUUACUUUACCAAUUUUUAAUGGUAAUCAACUCUGCUACUGGCAUGAUGAAAUAGUACAUAAUUGGUCAUUAAUUAUGAACAUUUAUUUCUCCAGUGCGUUUUUAUGAAGAUCUGGUUGAAAAUUGUAUUUCUAUGUAAACUCAAUGAUAUGUUUGGUUUUCCUGAAAAUAAAUGAUUUUAAAUAAA